AUGCCAAAUCAGACGGUGAAGGUGAAUAGGGACACAAUUACGGCAUGCAUGACAUGCCCUCUUUGCAAUAAGCUCUUCCGCGAUGCCACCACUAUUAUCGAAUGCCUACAUACGUUUUGUAGGAAAUGCAUAUAUGAGAAGCUUUCAGACGAGGAAUUGGAAUGCUGUCCAAUAUGCAACAUUGAUUUAGGAUGUGUUCCAGUGGAGAAGUUGAGGCCGGAUCAUAAUUUGCAAGAUGUAAGGACUAAGAUAUUCCCUUACAAGAAGAGAAAGGUACUGGCACCUGAAGUGGUGACUCCAGUUACAUUACCGGCAAAGAGAAAGGAAAGAUCUCUUUCAUCAUUGGUUGUCGGUACUCCCAGAGUAUCGAUACAGAGUGGCAUGACUGGAAGAAGAUCAAAGUCUGUUGCAAGGAAAGCAUCAAGAGGUUCCAGUUUUACCAUAGAGAAACCUCUUAAGAAAGAUGAGGACUCUGUGGAAGACCAUCUCGAUAGCUCUAGCUCACCCGAGAGUUUGAACAAAUUCUCUCAGAAUAACAGGAAGAACUCUGCUAUUCAGCCAUCUAGCCACUCUACACCAGAUAAUGGAAGAGAGAGUGGUUCUGAACCAAGGGAAGGGAAAGUUGAUCCUUGGAAACCUUUAAAUUGUUUGGUGGAGGCCGCAAAUAGGAGUAAGUCUUCAAAAUUUACCUCACAAGGUUCUGCUGCUAAAUCAGAAGCUCUACAAUCCCAAGACAACGAAGGACAUGUUCGUAAAACCAAAAGUAAAGAACAUGGUCAGAAAUCAAUUCUUCAAGAUGGGAAGAACAGCAGUGAACGUUCACCCCCAGAUUCAGUAAAACCUAAAAAAUUGCGCAAAAUCCGCCAGAAAAAGGCUCAGAAUUCUGGGGAAUUUAGUACCUCACCCCAGACUGUGCUUGAUGCUAUCAGUAUUAAACGUGAAAGGAGAAACAAUCCAAUUUGGUUCUCGUUGGUGGCUGCGGACAACCAGGAUGGAGAUACACCCUUGCCUCAGAUUUCUGCAAGUUACUUGAGAAUAAAGGAUGGGAGCAUACCCAUUUCUUUUAUCCAAAAAUACCUGAUGAGAAAACUAGAUCUUACAAGUGAAGAUGAGGUUGAAAUUAAAUGCAUGGGCAAGUCAGUAGUUCCCACAUUGCAACUAAAUAAUUUGAUUGACUUGUGGCUUCAAUCAACUUCCUUAGAAAAAGUGUCUGCCACAAUUGGUUCGUCCGCUUCGGAUUUCGUGAUGAUAUUGGCAUAUGCUCGCAGAGUCCCAGCUCCUUGA